AUGAAGCUACAGGCCGUCCUCGCAUUGGGUGCUGCCAUCCAGUCCACCUCGGCUGCCGCUGUCACAUACGAACAGACUCCUCUACUCGAUAAAAUACCAAGCAGCAAGGCACCACUACCGCAGACUGAGAAGUAUCUUAUCGAACUUGCUCCAUACGACACGCGAUGGGUGACAGAAGAAGAGAAGUGGGAACUCAAGCUUGAUGGAGUCAACUUCAUCGACAUCACCGAAGAAACCCAAGCCGGCUUCUAUCCCAAGUUCUUCACAAGCAACGCCGUACAAUAUCCUACCAAACUAAUCCACAAUGACACCAUCAGGUCGUUAUCCAAGAAACUAGACAAGAAGCAUAUGCAACACAACCUCGAACACUUCACUUCCUUUCACACGAGAUAUUACAAGUCAGAAUAUGGAGUCCAAUCCGCGACCUGGUUGUAUGAGCAGAUCAGCGACAUUAUUCAAAAGUCCGGCGCCGCUGCUCAUGGAGCCACGGUAGAGAAGUUUGCACACUCGUGGGGCCAAUUCAGCACCAUUGCCCGUAUCCCCGGUCAAACCAAUAAAACCGUAGUUCUAGGCGCACAUCAGGACAGCAUCAACUUGUUCCUUCCUUCCAUCCUUGCCGCGCCUGGCGCCGAUGACGAUGGAAGCGGAACUGUGACCAUAUUAGAAGUGUUGCGCACUCUUCUUUUGUCCCCGGAUAUUGUGGCUGGUAAUGCCACCAACACCGUCGAGUUUCAUUGGUACUCCGCCGAAGAAGGAGGUCUGCUCGGCUCUCAAGCUGUCUUUUCCGACUACCGAAAGAAUGACCGCGAUAUCAAAGCUAUGUUGCAGCAAGACAUGACUGGAUUCGUGCAGGGUACUCUCGAUGCUGGCAAGGAAGAGUCCGUUGGUGUUAUCAUUGACUUUGUUGAUGCUCCAUUGACACAGUUCAUUAAAGAUAUCAUUACCCAGUACUGUGAUAUCCCAUUCGUCGAAACCAAGUGUGGUUACGCCUGCUCCGAUCACGCAUCUGCCAGCCGCUAUGGUUAUCCUUCUGCAUUUGUCAUUGAGUCCGAGUUCCAAGACAGUGACAAGCACAUUCAUUCCACGGAUGAUUUGAUCAAAUAUCUGAGCUUUGAUCAUAUGCUUCAACAUGCUAAGAUGAGCUUGGCUUUUGCUUACGAGCUUGCAUAUGCGGCUUGGUAA